AUGCCCCUCUCCCGCCACACCGGCCAAAUCCCGGAGUCCACCUGGACUUUGGGCUUCAGGGAGAUGACGGAGCCCUGGAAAGGCGCCGUGGGCUGCCUCGGCGUGGCCGUCUUCUUCGCCAUGACCAUCGGCAUCAUCUCUUGGCAGGCGCUGGAGCAGUCCCCGGAGGAGUGGGUGCUGCGGGGCCGGGACGCGGGGAUGCUGUGGGAGCGCGGCCGCGGGGCGCUGCUGCUGCGGGCGCUGCCGGCCGGCCGGCCCGUGCUGGCCAUCGCCGUGGGCAGCGUGCCGGCCACCGAGCCCCCGCCGCCCCGGGACCGCUGCUGGCACGACGGCGGCCAGUUCUGCUAUUCCUGGGAGGAGGACGCCGAGCUCCGGCUCUCCCUGGAGCCGCCGGCAGCCCCCGGAACCGAGUGCUACGGCGUCCGCUGGACCCCGCUGCGCCCCGACGUGACCCUGAAGGACUGUUUUUCCAUGGCCAAUGUCUCCUGGUAUGGAGGGCCGAGCAUCCGUGCCCAGCGCUGGCCCCUCAACGGCGCCGAGAGCCCCGCGCAGCCCUUGGUCAGCGGCGACCUCAGCACAAACCCCGCCGGCUUCGGGCCCAUCCUGGAGAGGUACUUCCUGGGAUCCACAGGAGUGACGGUGACAGUGGCUCCCGACGUGUCCCUGCUCCUGUCUGUGGAGAGCCACCGGCAGUUCUGCCUGGAGACGCCAGCGGGGCGAGAGGAACCCCUGCACUACCGGCUCUGUGUCAGCGCCGACGUGGCGGCCGCCCGCCGGCACACGGCCAGCGCUCCGGCGGGAGCAGCUCGGACACCGCCGGACACCGCGCUCCUGGGGUCUCCGAUCUGGCGCUACCACGGCCCGGAGGGUUCUGCCGCCAAAAUCAAGCGAGGCCUGAGGUCACUGGUGAGGAGGCUGAAGCGGCAUCGCCUUCAGGAGGGCGUCGUGGCCCUGGGGGAGCGCGGCACCGCCGUCCUCGCUGCUGUGGACCUCGUGCCCUCGGAGCGCAGGAAGAGGCAGGCCCCGGCGCUGGUGGAACCUCUGGAGCUCUCCAUCACGCUGUCCCCAUAUGCUGGUGUCACCUCCCCGCUCUUCCUGCGCUCCCUGCGUGGUGGUGAGGCCACGGGAUACUGGCUCAGCCGCCAGCCCCGACCCGGGGCCAGCUCGAUCCCGCUGCUGACCACCUGGAAGGGGCAGCUCUGUGCCCGCCUGAAUGUCACCAGCGAGGUAGCGCUGGGCUGGUACCUGGCUCGUGCCCGGCGCCUGCGGCAGGCGCUGGGGGCCACCUACAUGGCCUUCGAGGGAGUCGAGGGCAAUUCCUUCCUGGAGCAGGAUGUCCCUGCUCCCGCCGAGCUGGCGGGUGAUGGAUACACCGAAGUGCUGGCGGCGGCGCUGGCGACGCUGGGCAAUGGCACCGUCAUCAGCGCUGGGAGCAGAUCCAGUCACCUCCCACUGUUUGUCCAGAUGAGCCCCCUGCGCUCUGACUGGAGCCACGCUGGGCUGAAGGGGCUCAUCCCCUCCGUGCUGCACUACAGCCUCCUGGGCUACAACUUCUUCAUCCCUGAUGCAGUAGGAGGGAGCGUGGCUGGAGCCACCCAGGGGGACACGGAGCUGUUUGUGAGGUGGCUGCAGAUUGUGACAUUCCUACCCGUGAUGGCCUUUGGGACCCCGCCCUGGCUCUGCUGUGAUGCCUGGGUCCUGAAUCUGACCCGCCAGUGCAUCCAGAGGCACCGGGACUUUGUUGUUCCACUGCUCCUAAAAUACAGUGAGGAGUGGCAGAGUUUGGGAUACCCCAUCUUCCGUCCUGCCUGGUGGCUCAGCCCCACAGAUCCAGUUGCAUUCACCAUAGAGGAUGAGUUUCUCAUUGGAGAUGAGGUCCUGGUUGCUCCAAUAACAGAAAAGGGACAAAUGUGGAGGGAUAUCUACCUGCCAGGAGAGGGGCACCUCUGGCUGGACACCAACAGUGCCCGAGUGUUUGAUGGUGGCACCACGCUCAGGAAUUACUCUGCCAGCCUGGCCGAGGUGCCGGUAUUUGUAAAGACCUCCUGAAU